AGUUUAUUUGAGAAAUCGUAAUGUCUGCUUGUACAAAACUUUUUUUUCGUUUUCUUACAAUGAAGUGAUUUCGUUUAUUUUUCGCAACAGUGUGAACCAUUUCCGAUGCUGAGAAAAAUUAGUUUUUACGUUUUCAUGAACGAUUUAAGAGCCUGAUUCUAUUUACGCGUGUGAUGGCGUAUAUAAACGUAGCGGAAUGGACGACAGAAUUGGUCACAGAUUGGCUGAAAGGCCUAGACAAUUCGAUGUACACAUACAUCAAAUCGUUUACAAACAACGAAGUGAGAGGUCAACAACUUUUGAAUAUACGUCCAUACGAAUUGGAACAACUGUCCAUGCAUUCGAUCGGUCAUCAAGAGAUUGUGUUAGAGGCGGUUGAACAUCUACGAAACUUUCACUAUCAUUUGGAUAAAGAAAAUUUACAAUUUUUGGCUCUGCAAGUGGCAACAACGGCACAAUGUUUAAAUAAUCAGUUGGCACAUUUCGUUGAUAAGAGCAAAAUUGAAACGCAAAUCUUGAGCGACAUUACAAGGACUAUUGCAACUAUUAAACCGUUGAUUGGAUGGUUGGAUCGGUCACCGUUUCAAGAUAAACAACAAUUUGUGGAAUUGAGAAAUAAAAUGUUUCGAUAUGCCAUUGAGAUGGCUAUGAGUGCUCAGAGAGAUAGAUUUGUCGAAAAUCCUGUUGAUCAAAUCAAGAGCAUUGCCUUACGAGUAGCCAAUCUUGCUAAUUACAUCAUUCAGGACAUAUCUGAUCCGAUGAUACUACAGCCAGCCAUGCUAAAUCUUGUUACGAUUAAGAAAAAGGAGUCGGAACUCGGUUUCAACAUCGUGCCUAGCUAUAAUGGAAUUCAUGUUGUGACGGACAUUAAAAACAAAUCACCGGCGCACACAUCUGGCAAAAUUGAGGAAGGUGAUGAAAUCGUUCAAGUAAACUACCAGACAGUCGUUGGCUGGCAGUAUAAAAAAGUCAUUCAACAAUUGCAAGAAUCACCACCAGACAUACUCUUAACAUUGAAAAAACGUCCCAAGCAUACGAAAAUCUAUGGACAGAUUUACAUGAAACCUUACCGCUUACCGAGCAAGAAAAAGGCACUACGUUGGGACACAUCACCGAGUCCUCGCCCAGACUUACUCCACAUCCAAGACUUUUCAUUGCCACUGACUCAAGUCACGGAAAAGCAAGAAGAGCCCUUCGAUGACGAUAUACUCGACGAUGCUGACGAUAUACUUGAGCCGAAAUUGAAAAAGCCUUCCGAGAAAGAAAUUCGUUUGUAUUUACCCAAAUCACGGGCCGUGCUUCAGCGUCGUAAUACAAUAUGCGGUGAUCAUGUGAUGGGAUUCAAAAAUAACGUUCUAUUUUGGCACGAGAACCGAGACAGGGAAAAUAGCCAAGAAUCAAUUAGCCAGCUGCGUGACAAGUCAGUUUCUUUCGGAUUCGGAUUGGAACUUGCGACUAGACCUACAACUAUUUUGGGUAUUGGUCAUUCGGCUCACAGUAGAUUUGCGGACUUUCCCGGAUUGAAGGGAUCAAUGCCAGAGGUGCCUGCUAAAGAAUUGUCACAUAUUGAGGAAAGUGUUGAUCCAAAGGAUGAAGACCACGUUUCCAAGCCCGGUAUCAGUAAGGUCGUACGGUUUGAUUCGGCGCAAAUUGUCAAUGAGUACAAGGACAGUCAAUAUUCAUGUAAUGUGGACAACACCAUUUUGGAGGUGUUUGAACCGAUUCCAUACGUUGACGAUGAUGAUAUUGAUCUAAUUCCGAUCAAAACCAAAACAGAACCACCGAAAUGUGAUGAAAAUGUGCCACCGAUAAUAAGUAGGAUGCAGAAAAUGUCUUCGGAUAAUGGACUGCUUGAAGCGAUUAACGAAAUGGUUGUGAAUAAAUGUGCCACUCGACGAGGAAGGUUGGACAAGAGCCACAGCACUCCGAUAUAUGAUGACACAGAUGAAGACUCUGAUGUGCCCCCAGCCAUAGAGCCUCGGAAGGAAAUUGGUCAAAAAACUCCACCCGUCCCUCCACGUCCUACUCGCCCAAAACGACCAAUAGAUGUAUCACCUGUAACACCGUCACCUAUAUCCAAUACAAACACACAAAUGUUCGUCAAAGCCAACAACAUAGCUCCCAACGAUGUUAUGGACGAUAACAAACCGAAAUUGGCCACUGUUAUCGACUUAAAGAAUAAAGAGAACUUCCACUCGGUUAUGGAACAUUUGCCAGAACGAGCGGAGAGCAGAACUUCAUCGAUUGGUUCGACGGCAAGUUCGAAAAAAAUUCCAGCUACAAAACAUUUCCUUGAGGCCGAAGAGUCUGAAUUGCUGACCCCAAACAAGACGAAAAGUCUAACGUUGAAGAAAAAAAAUUCGAUCCUUGCCAAACGACGUAACAUAUCGUUGAAAACAUUAGAAAUGGGAGACAUCCAGGGUCACUUGUACCGACGUGCUAAAGACAAAAAUGGAGUGACAUAUUGGGCUAAGCCGUAUUUCGUUCUAACCGACACCUCGCUAUACGGAUUCAAAACGAAAGAUUCGUCCAAAGCAGAUUGUUUGAUAUUCCUGUUGGGAUUUACAGUGGCAGUCGCGCCUGAAGUUCACUCAAAACCGUUUGCAUUCAAAGUGUACCAUCAAGCUAAAACAUUUUACUUCGCCGCUGAGUCGCAACAAGCUUUGAAUCAAUGGAUGGAUUACAUUCGUCAAGCAACGUUGAAGGGAAACACAGCAACGUUGAACUUAUCACCGAACCGUAAUGAUAAGGAGCUGUUUUCAGAAACUGAAAGCUCUGGUGAUGAGUUCGGAUUGAGCCAGAAAACCAGUCAGUCGCCAUCUGUUUCAAACACUUUGACUGGUCAACAAACCACAAAAAAAUCAGGAGGAGAUGAUGCAUCGCACAGUGUCGGCAAACAUGAAAAAUACAAUUUGGGAUUCAAUUCUUUGAGAAAGUUUACCAAAAACAGUCUUCCAUUUUCAUCGCACAAGAAAGAUAAGGAAAAGCUUAAUUCAAGUGAUGUUCCCGUACCCACUGCACAAUAUCGCACGUAUCGAAAAGUGCCAGGUAAUGCUGGUCUCCAACUGGGAACAAAUUCAAUGAUUUCAUCAACGGGUACAAGUGAUUUCAUUCCACCGGUUCUAUCCUCGUCGUCAUCAAUUGAUACCAGUUACAAGAUUGAAGCUCCGAAAAAAGCGUCCAUCACAGCAAUACAGCCCACACAUUCAACUGCAGAACCGACUUCUUUACAUCGAUACCAGAGGGAGCAUACCCAUCAUGAAAAUCGUAAAUUGCAAAAAGUAUCGCCAUGCAAUUACAUUCAUGCGUCUAAUCCGAAUUUAUUGGAAUUUGAUUUUCCAACAACGAAAACAUUGGACUUUUCCUACCCAAAAGUGAAUCCAUCGAACAGUUGGGAUGCGCACAGUAACGUUCAGGGUUUUAUGACGCUGAAAGACCUAAUGUUGCAAAAACAAGAGGAGGAAGCCCAAGAAAUGUACAAUAAUCGUGUCUUGUUGGGCGUUGAAAAGAAAACCAGCCGCAAUAAGAGAAAACAGCAUCGACCUGAUCAUUUGAACAGUUUCAAACAAGACGAUGAUUCCAAUGGCGGUGUUAGCUGUAAGCAAACAACUCCGAAUAAAAUUCAGAGUCGAAGUCUUCCGAAAACUCCUGACUAUUCACAUAGCUUUAAGCCCACCGACAGUGAUAUAAAAAUGAUCAGAAGUUCUGAAGGACAAAAAUUACGAGAAUUUGGAUAUGAACUCAUUUCCGAAAACGAUCCAAUCGAGAAAAGUGCUAUCACAAAUAGUGAGGAUCCGAAACCACUUCAGGAUAAAACAAGUUCGGGAAAGAAAAAGGGGCUGAACUGGAUAAACAAUGAACGAAAAUCCGAUGACGAUCGAUCGAAUCGAACAGGAAGCUUUAAAAAAUCUAAACGAACUUUGGACAGUUUCAAAGCGACCGAAAAACUGUUCCCAUUCAAGCACAAAUCCAGCGACAACGAUUUAACAGGUUCGAGUCCAAAAUCUACCGCUCAUGAUAAACCAAUGCCACUAAAACCAGUUACUUCUUACUCGCCAGUAACUCUUCCAAUGAACAAGAAAUCCGCUCAUGUCUAUAACAUUGAAGUGGACGGCGCACAACCUCGGCACCAAGUGAAUCUGAAAAAGUCGUCCACCUACAAUUCACCAGAUUUCCACUGUUUGCAGUCCAAUGAAAAUGGUACUCGAAAGAAUUCUGCACCAGAACGAAGCGCUUCAUACUUUACGAAACUUACUUUUACAUCGAAUAAAACAACAAAGGAGAAAAAAUUAUUGGGUUCGCCUAGGCUACACCGAGCAAUUUUUGGUAGAAAAGAAUCGUCAGAGACGCAACACUUGGACCAUGAACUGUUCGACCCGGUUAAGACUAAAAGUCCGUCGGACACCACACAAGAAUAUCGGCACUUACCGGUUACACCUAAAACAUCUUUAACAGGAAGCACACAUGGUUCUCAUUCAGCGAAUUCAAAUGAUUAUCCACAUCUGGAAUAUCCUCCCACAUUCGAGCCUCAGACAUAUUCUUUAAGCGAUCCGAACACCAGUUUGACAAUGCUACGACGACGGAACAACAAUCAAAAUAAAUAGAUCUACUCGGCACAGCGAAAUUAGUUGGAAUUGAGGAAAUAUAUUUAUUAUUAAUAAAAUCACGUUAUGGAAUACUCACAAGCUACCUAUACUGUAUUAGAUCAUUGAUGAGAGGGUCGUGGUUGUUUAUGUAUUACGAUUUUCUUUAUUAUUAUUUUUCAUUUUGCUAGAUUUCAUUCCAAUUUCGGGUGAAUUUAUUUAGACAUAGACUUCCUUUUAGUGCCUUGUUGUUAUUACAAUUGAAUUAUGAAUAAUUAUUUUAUUGGGAAAUUAAAUCAAUUUAUUCAACCAAAACGUUUUGCUGUCUAC